AUGACCCAGACCUCCCAGCUGUCCCCCGGCCAGCUUUCGCCGGAAUCACCUUUUGAUCCACCAGACGGUCGCAUCGCUCACACUCUCACCGCGUGCACCAGGUGUCGCCAGCGGAAAUCUAGAUGUGACCCUGGGAUCCCCCGAUGCGCGCCCUGUGAACGAAGCAAUGCCAAGUGCGUUUAUUACGACUCCACCCGAGACACCACCAUCCCCCGGACCUAUAUAGUAUCGCUUCGUGAAAAAGCCCAUGAACUUGAGAAACAGCUCGCCGCUGCCGAGAAAGAAAUUAAGCAUGCAGCAGACGCUGAGCUCAUGGUACGGGGCGCAGGGCGCAUCCGCUUUGGAGAGAAUGACGAACCUCGGUACCUGGGACCCUCCAGUGGCAUUGCCAUGACCCGACUAGUAAUGGAGAUGGCAAAACAAAACACCGACUCCAAAAGCAUCAAAGAUGUCGUUCCCGAUUUUACCGCUCAAGAAAUAAAAGCCGCUUUCGCGCAGGAGGACUCGAAACCGACCUCGAAAGUGUAUCCCAUGACUAGCUCGCUUCCGAACACCUUCCUUCCCGAGCGCGGCCUCAUAUACAAAUUGAUUGAUCUCUUUGUGGCCAAAGCACAAGCAUUACUCCCCUGUUUACAUGAACCAACAUUCAGACGAGAAGCCGACGAAGUCUUGAAUGGUUCUACAGAUACCUGCCACAAUUUCCAAUUGCGCAUGGUCAUUGCAAUCAGCAUGCAAAAAUUGAGCCCCGUAUAUGCCGGUCUGGCAGAUAGCUACUAUCUAGCUGCAUUACCAUUUCUGGAACCUACGCUCAAGAAAAUGGACCUCAAGGCCUUGCAAUGCUUGGUCAUGAUUGCUCAGUACUCGGUCCUGACACCAACACGAACGGCGGCAUAUUGGGUGGUAGGAACAGCCGCGAAGCUAUGUCAGGAUCUCGGAUUGUCCGAAGAAGCUACCAUCACAGUCUCGCCAGAUGGGCGAGCCCUGAAUCCGUUAGAGAUUGAUAUGCGCCGAAGGCUCUUUUGGGUUGUUGCAUCUUUGGAAUUUGGACUUUCUCAUUCUCUAGGUCGCGCCAAUUGUCACAGCGUCACUCAUGACAAUGUCAAUGUGAACUUUUUUGAAUUGGUGGAUGAUCGGUACAUUACAGCCGAUGGCAUCACCCCGGGCGCAAGGCCAGUGCUUGAAAAAUGUAUCGCCAUCCAUUUUUUCAAGAUGCGAUUACUUCAGUUGGAAGUUCGAAGAGCACUAUAUCUUAAACGACGAGAGACUCCCGUCGAUGACCAGGAUCCUUGGUUCUCCUAUAUGUCAAACAAAAUUGAUCAAUGGAUGGCGUCUUGCCCGAGGAACGGCGAUGGCAGCGGUUUGAAUGUAAAAUGGUUCCAAGGCAGGCGAAACACCAUUGUCAUUCUCAUGUAUCGGCCAUCGCCUCAAGUCCCGGAACCGUCAAUUAAUGCAGCAAAGAUAUGCUACGAAUCAUCAACCUUCAACAUUGCCAUGCAUAAAGAGCAGAUGGUGACAGGCUCGGUAGAUCUGACAUGGAUCUUCACUCAGUCUCUCUUCAUGGCGCUCAACACUGUCCUCUGGACCCUUUCAUACCCGGAAAUUCGAAAAGACCACCCGAUCGAAGAGGUUCAAAGCUAUCUGGAUAUGGCGAUUGAAGUACUUAUUUAUUCAGCAGAACGAUGGCCUGGUGUUCAGUCUGCACUGUUGCUUUACAAGCGUCUUGUCGCAGCUUGCUUGAAGGCUUACACCACAGAAGAAUCCUUUGUCGUCCACUCCCCUUCCAAUCACCCCACCCCAACUUCUUCGCAGGGACUCACGACCCCUCCUGCCAUGUCGAGCCCUUCCAGCAGUACGACUGCUUCCUAUUAUUCUCAUAGUUACCGGCCGAGCAAUCCCAUGCUGAGCGAUGACGCCUCAACUGGUACCUUAUCAAGGGGCCAUUCAGCUGACCCCGGUCUACCUUUCUCUAACGAUUCUACACCUCCAGCCUACGGGGAUCCAUUAAAGCUGACUGGUGUACCCCCAAUGACGGCAUAUGGUAUGCCAUCAUCUUCUGCGGAUACCAACCCCCCAGCACAGUAUUUAUCAGAAAGCUUCUGUGCCCCCACUGCGCUCUACCCCGACGUUUCAAUUGAUCCCAAUACCCCCUACAACACGAUGCCCUCGGUGGUCCCAGGUCUUCAAGGCUGGGAUCCCAAUUUCUCUCUCGCCUCCACGACUGCCGGUCAUCUGGCUUAUAUUGAUGCCACUGUUGAUCCCAUGCAGUGGACAUCCUCCAUUGGAGACCAAUACUCUCAAUAUUUCAACGAGCCAUUCCCAGUACCCAAUUGGCGUGAGCGCACCCUUAGCCAACAGGAGCAGAUUGAGCUGAUGGCAUCGCUGGAACAAAAUAUUCCUGAUGUAUCUGCACAGUUGGUUCAUGAAUCCCAUGCCUUUUACCAAUCAUAG